CGAAGGCACGCUUGCGCCAUGCAGGUGUGCUUUGCAGGUCGUUGCUGCCAGCGCAUACAACGUGAAGAACCGUAGCUAUAGCAAGGCACGACGCCUGGUGAGAGCCAUGCUAACCGAAAUUGUGCUCGUGGUGUCGGCACUGCCACUGCUGGGCGUGGCCAUCGACCAGUCCGAGUUGGAGGUCACCAGAUUGCCGGGACUCCGUGAACGCAUAAACUUCAGGCACUACUCGGGUUUUCUGAACGCCGCCGAAGGUCGACAGCUUCACUAUUGGUUCAUGGAAAGCCAGCGGUCUCCGUCUGACGACCCCGUCUUGCUGUGGAUGAAUGGAGGACCAGGAUGUAGCUCGCUCAUUGGUGCUACCAUGGAGCUGGGCCCGUUCCGCAUUGACCCUCUGGGCGUGAAGCUAACCAUAAACCCAUUCAGCUGGAACAAGGUUGCAAACGUGAUAUUCCUCGAGGCACCGGCUGGUACCGGUUACUCGUACGACCCCACCGGGAGCAUCAGUACUGACGACAACAAGGCCACCGAAGACAACUACCAGGCCAUACAGGAUUUCUUCUCCAAGUUCCCGCAGUUCAGAAAAAAUGAGUUUUACGUGACGGGUGAAAGCUUCGCCGGCGUCUUCGUUCCUCUCCUGACACAACGCCUUCUCCUCUCGAAUCCACUUGGAAUAAACCUGAAGGUGAACGUCGGGUACGGCAUCGUUCUCGGUAGUGGCUUGAACGUGUACAACCUGUACGAGCCAUGCGACACCACCAAACAACCACGGGAGCUUCUCUCGAGGCGUUACCCGGAGAUGAGUCAGUACGCAAAGCAGCAGCUGCUGAUCAAGAUGCGAAGCGUGCGAAGCACGGACCUGUUCGAGACCCCGAAUUGCCAGAACAUGGACAACUUGCAGCUGUACUUCAAUAGACGUGACGUCAUCAAAGCAUUGCACGUUGAACAGUCUCCCCAUAUGUGGCUGCCGUGCAGUAAGACCCUAAACUACACCCAGCAGUACCUGACUAUGCGUGAAGUGGUGCAACAACUAGCCGAAUCUGGGCGUCUCAGAGGCCUCGUUUAUCACGGCGACGUGGACAUGGCAUGCCCGUUUCUCGGGGGCGACUGGUUCGUACGCAGCUUGGGAUACGAGGCAACGUCUCAGUAG